GGCCCGGAUGGGCGAGCAGCACGGGGCGGGGUCAGACGCGCUGCGCGGCGCUGGAGCGCGCCGGUGGUGGCGACUUGGGGGGGGGGGAACCGCGGGGAAUCUUGGCUAAGGCGUCGGUGAUAGCGUCUGCACCAGUGGCUGGCUGUGGUGGCUCACUGUGCGGAUCGGCCCACGGCCAACUUUUUAGUUCGGAACGGAACGGAACGCUCGUCGUCGCGGGCCCCGCCCGGAAAGUUUGCGAAGGAGCCACGAACUCCUGGCCGGCGCGGCCCGGCAUGAAGCGGCGCUGAGGAGCCGCCGCCGCCGCUGCCGCUGCUGCUGCUUGAGGAGGAGCUGCAGUACCCCGUACCAAGCCGAUGACUACUGCAAACUGUGGCGCCCACGACGAGCUCGACUUCAAACUCGUCUUUGGCGAGGACGGGGCGCCGGCGCCGCCGCCGCCGCCCCCGGGCUCGCGGCCUGCAGAUCUUGAGCCAGAUGAUUGUGCAUCCAUUUACAUCUUUAAUGUAGAUCCACCUCCAUCUACUUUAAAUUCACCACUUUGCUUACCACAUCAUGGAUUGCCGUCUCACUCUUCUGUUUUGUCACCAUCGUUUCAGCUCCAAGGUCACAAAAUCUAUGAAGGAACUGGUGAUGUUCCCGAAUCUAAAUAUAGCCCAUUAGGUGGUCCCAAACCCUUUGAGUGCCCAAGUAUUCAAAUUACAUCUAUUUCUCCUAACUGUCAUCAAGAAACAGAUGCACAUGAAGAUGACCUACAUAUAAAUGACCCAGAAAGGGAAUAUUUGGAGAGGCCUUCUAGAGAUCAUCUCUAUCUUUCUCUUGAGCCAUCCUACCGGGAGUCUUCCCUUAGUCCUAGUCCUGCCAGCAGCAUCUCUUCUAGGAGCUGGUUUUCAGAUGCAUCUUCUUGUGAAUCUCUUUCACACAUUUAUGAUGAUGUGGACUCAGAGUUGAAUGAAGCUGCUGCCCGAUUUACUCUUGGAUCCCCUCUGACUUCUCCAGGUGGCUCACCAGGGGGCUGCCCUGGAGAAGAGUCUUGGCAUCAACAAUAUGGACUUGGGCAUUCCUUGUCACCCAGGCAAUCUCCUUGCCACUCUCCUAGAUCCAGUAUCACUGAUGAGAAUUGGCUGAGCCCCAGGCCAGCCUCAGGACCCUCAUCAAGGCCUACUUCCCCCUGUGGGAAACGGCGGCACUCUAGUGCUGAAGUUUGUUAUGCUGGGCCCCUUUCACCCCAUCACUCUCCUGUUCCUUCUCCUGGCCACUCCCCUAGGGGAAGUGUAACAGAAGAUACAUGGUUCAAUGUUUCUGUCCACAGUGGAUCGGGCCUUGGCCCUGCACUUUUUCCCUUUCAAUACUGUAUAGAGACUGAUAUCCCACUGAAAACAAGGAAGACAUCUGAAGAUCAAGCUGCCAUAGUACCAGGAAAAUUAGAACUCUGUUCAGAUGAUCAAGGAAGUGUAUCACCGUCCCGGGAGACUUCAAUAGAUGAUGGCCUUGGAUCUCAGUAUCCUUUAAAGAAAGAUUCAUCUGGUGACCAAUUUCUUUCAGUUCCUUCACCUUUUACCUGGAACAAACCAAAGCCUGGCCACACCCCAAUAUUUCGCACAUCUUCAUUACCUCCAUUAGACUGGCCUCUACCAACUCACUUUGGACAAUGUGAACUGAAAAUAGAAGUGCAACCUAAAACACAUCAUCGAGCCCAUUAUGAAACUGAAGGUAGCCGAGGGGCAGUAAAAGCAUCUACUGGGGGCCAUCCUGUUGUGAAGCUCCUGGGCUAUAGUGAAAAGCCUAUAAAUCUACAGAUGUUUAUUGGAACAGCAGAUGAUCGAUAUUUACGACCGCAUGCAUUUUACCAGGUGCAUCGAAUCACUGGAAAGACAGUUGCAACUGCAAGCCAAGAAAUAAUAAUUGCCAGCACAAAAGUUCUGGAAAUUCCACUUCUUCCUGAAAAUAAUAUGUCAGCCAGUAUUGACUGUGCCGGUAUUUUGAAACUCCGCAAUUCAGAUAUAGAACUUCGAAAAGGAGAAACUGAUAUUGGCAGAAAGAAUACUAGAGUACGACUUGUAUUUCGUGUACACAUUCCACAGUCCAAUGGAAAAGUUCUUUCUCUGCAGAUAGCUUCUAUACCUGUUGAAUGCUCCCAGCGGUCUGCUCAAGAACUUCCCCAUAUUGAGAAGUACAGUAUCAGCAGCUGUCCUGUAAAUGGAGGCCAUGAAAUGAUUGUGACUGGGUCUAAUUUUCUUCCCGAAUCCAAAAUCAUUUUUCUUGAAAAAGGACAAGAUGGACGACCUCAGUGGGAGGUAGAAGGAAAAAUAAUCAGAGAAAAAUGUCAAGGGGUUCACAUUGUCCUUGAAGUUCCUCCCUAUCAUAACCCAGCAGUUACAGCUGCAGUGCAGGUGCACUUUUAUCUUUGCAAUGGCAAGAGGAAAAAAAGCCAGUCUCAACGUUUUACUUACACACCAGUUUUGAUGAAGCAAGAACAUAGAGAAGAAAUUGAUUUGUCUUCAAUUCCACCUGUACCUGUGCCUCAUUCUGCCCAGACGCAGAGGCCUUCCUUGGAUCCAGGGCACCCACAUGACAGUGUACUGUCAUCACAGAGAAGCUUGAUUUGUCCUAUCCAGCAGCCAUAUGCAUCCAUGGUAACAUCAUCCCAUUUACCACAGUUACAGUGUAGGGAUGAGGGUGCUGGUAAAGAGCAACAUCUGACACCAGUAGUGCACCAGCCUUUUCAAGUUACACCAACCUCUCCUGUGGGGUCUUCCUAUCAGCCUAUGCAAAGUAAUAUUGUAUAUAAUGGACCAACUUGUCUUCCUGUUAAUGCUGCCUCUAGUCAAGAAUUUGAUCCAGUUUUGUUUCAGCAGAAUACAACUCUUCCUAGUUUAGUAAAUCUUAGUUGUCAAUCACUGUCAUCCAUACCAUUUCAUUCUUCAAAUUCAGGCUCAGCAGGACAUCUCUUAGCACAUACAUCUCAUUCUGUGCAAACCUCACCUAAUCUGCAAUUGAUGGGAUACCAUUGUUCAAACCCAGGACAAAAAUCUCUUUCUUCUGCAGUGGCUGACCAGGUUGGAGGUCAGCUUCCCCCUCAGUUGCAACUUAUUACAUAUGGUCCUUCACAUUCAGGGUCUGCUGCAACAGCUUCCCCAACAGCCUCUCAUCCUCUGGCUAGUUCAUCACUUUCUGGGCCACCAUCUCCUCAGCUACAGUCUAUGCCUUACCAAUCUCCUAGCUCAGGAACUGCUUCAUCACCAUCUCCAGCCACCAGAAUGCAUUCUGGACAGCACUCAACUCAAGCACAAAAUACAGACCAGGGAGGUAUUUCCGCACCUUCAUCCUUAAUAUGUCACAGUUUGUGUGAUCCAGCAUCAUUUCCACCUGAUGGGACAAGCAUUAAUGUAAGCAUUAAACCUGAACCUGAAGAUCGAGAACCUAACUUUGCAACCAUUGGUCUACAGGACAUCACUUUAGAUGAUGGGAUCAAACUCGGGACCUUGCACAGAACCACUGAACUAAAUCCCCGGUCCAGUUCUUUAAUUUCUUUUAGCAACCAGUUUAUGUCUGACUUGGAACACCAGCCAUCAGGUUCAGCAGAGAAAUGGCCUAACCACAGUGAUCUCUCAUAUCCAACUCCUUUCUGGAGACUCUAGAGGUGAACGAGAUAAUUGGGAGAGAUAUGUCCCAGGUUUCUGUUUCCCAAGGCCCACAAAUUAGCAGAGAGGCUUCUCACCUGAGUCCUGAGUCCCUGGAUUGAGGAAGAUCUGAUCGGCUCUGACAGUGCUUACUGCAGCCUUGUGUCCGCCACCAAUUUCUCAGCAUGUUUCUCUUUUAGGCCUUGAGUUUCCAACUCUUUCGCCUUCAGGACCGGUGCCAGGGUUGGACUCAGCAUUUGUGGGGAGAGUGGCAUUCCUCCACCUCUGGCCUUGGUUAGAUUUUGUAAAAGAAUCAGAGCAGCAUAGGCUGUUGAGCUGUGGAAAAAUGAGCUUUGCAUUUUUUAUAUUUAAAUAGGAUACUUUUAUAUGAUGGGUGCUCUGAGUGUGAAUGCAGCACUCUCCCUUUCAGAGCUGCUGCUUUUGCAGGUAACUUGGUUGUGUAGUUAGGAUUGGUGAUUUGUAUUUUCUGGUCAUUUGAAGGGCCCUUUAGUUUUUAUACUUUAAAAAUAGGAACUUUUGAUAAAACCUUCCAGAGGCAAAUGGGAAAAAUACUAUCCUAAGCCCAUAUCUAUGCCUCAGAAACUCAGCAUGUGUCCUGAAGCCAUAGUCAUAGGAAAUAAAGCCAAAUGUAGCUCAUACUCUAUAAAAGUAAACUGUUGCUAGAUAAAAUGAGAAAAGACCAUUCCAUCAUUGAAAUGUUGGAAUAUAAAGACAUUCCAGAGCAUAGCUUUUUUUUAUAACUUUCUAGGUCAUCUUUCUGCAGUCUCAUUACUGGCUCCAUGUUGAAACUGCUUUUUUCCCUUUAGGACUCUAGGUAAAAUUGGCUUAUAAGGUGACUUUGAAAGCAGUCACCAAGCAGUUUUAGCUUGGAAACUUUAAAAACUAGUGCUCUUCCUGUUUGUGUUGUCUGGCUCCAGAACCUUUUCCAAGUGGGAAUGUCUGCCUUUGGGUAUUGUUACCUUUGAAGCCAGUUUCCUGAUUGUCCAGGUAACUUUGCAGUUCUGACUAUUCUAGAGGCUAACCUAGCUGUGUCAGGAGCUAAACACAAGUGUGCAGUGCAUCAGGAUGGGCAGAGAAAAUGCAGGAUUCCAGAUGGGAAGGCUUAUCUCCCAUUCUUUUUAUAGCCCGAAAUCAUUCUGGCCGACCCUGUCCCAAGUGUAUGACUUAAAAGCCAGCCUUCCAGAAGGCAUUGAGGCACAUGUGAAAUGAUCUGGCAUCAUAGACCGUACCCUCCACACCAAAGAUGCCCUGGUGCUGCUGCUGGUGACUGGCAUCCAAGGCAGGGGUCAGCAGAAACUCCAGCCUGCUAUGUACCAAAGGAGGUGCCCAAGUUGGGUACUUUUUCCAAAUCCUGCCCUUAAGCCUGUCACCAGUGGGAUUUGUUACUGUUUCUAGGCCUAUUUCAAAACCCCUGAAGUUUGUAGUAUGUUUUUAAAUACAAUAGUGUACCUUAAUUUAUUCAGGAAGCAAAUUUUUUGAGUGCCUACACCUGCCAGUGUGUUGGGCUGGUUGAAGACUUAAUGUUAUUCUAGUGGAUUGUGGGGCCCUGGAUGCCAGGACAUUCUCUACUGAGAUCAAGUCAGGCCUGAGCAAAGAACUGAUAUGUUGGUCACCAUCUCCAGUCAGCCGGGUAGGAGCUGUUGAUCCUGCGUGAAGUAUGGUCUUUUUUAAAACCAUGUUUUAGAUUUUGGCCAUAAAAAUAGAGAACAAUGUCCGUCAUUCAUCAAGUCAAUAUGGUCCCUCUUAGGGCUGAGUGUUUUCAAAUUUUCUUUGAAAAGUGGGUUAUAUGUCUGAAUGUGGAUAGUCAGAUUUGCUUCAGGGCCUUGGUUGGAAGUCCACAGCUUCCUUUGGAAGGGUAGGAGGUUGGCCUCUCAGGUAAAGUUCCAGAGACAUGGCCAGAGUUGCUUUUACCCUCUUCCCCCAGAGGUAGCUGCCUCACAUAGGGUCCUGCAAGACCCUCUGGGGGCCGCUUUGCUGCCCUCAAGAAUAAAAGCCUCUAUGAUCCAGAGUUGCUAUGCACCAAAUUUUGAUGCCUUUUAAAUACCUUGAUGCCUGUAGCACUAGAAAUGCUUUCCUAUUUAAAAUAAAAGUUAAAUUUUAAAAUAGACCUUUGUAUACUAUGUAAGCAGUUUUGUAUUAGCUUUGUAAAAGCUUUCAUGUAAGAGUCAAUAUUUUUUGGCUUUGUAGAUAGACUUAAACUUUUGUGCAACAGAGUAGUAUUAAAGGACACAUCCAUUGGACUAUGCAAAUUGAUUUCUAGUAGCAGCACUGAGCAAUGGGGCAUGUACUAGCAUACACCUUUCCCUCAGACCUGUGCUAUACCUUGGAUUGGGGAAUGAAACAAGCAGCCUUCUGCUUAUCAGAGAUACACAGAGAAACAUGGCUGUAAACAGCUUUAAAAGGAACAGAUGUCAAGUUUGCAUGCGGUGCUGCUGCCCAGGGUACAUCCCACCCCCAAUGAGGGCCAGCCAUUAUCACCAGACCUCUGGCUAUGAAGCCCUGUUUGAGAUAUUCAGAACAGAUGGUCAUCUUUAAAUCUCAAGUUAAAUAAAACUGUAUUUUAUAAAAUGGAUGCUUUUAGUAAAGAAACUGGUUCUCA